AUGUACAGUAAACAGAUAAUAUUCGACAGCUACCCCUUCGUCAACCGCGACGGCUACAAGAUCGAGAGCAGCUACACCGUCGGGGGCCCCCACCCCCCCUCCUCCCGGCCCCUACCACCCGCCACCUGCCCCCUACCACCCCCGCCACCUGCCUAUCACAGCGAACCACACUAUCCUGAUGUCCCACCCAAGUACACCUACAACUACGGCGUCGCCGACGGCUACUCCGGCGCCAACUUCGGCCACUCGGAGUCCCGCGACGGCUACAAGACCGAGGGCAGCUACACCGUCGACCUCCCCGACGGCCGCAAGCAGACCGUCAAGUACGUGGACAACGGCGACGGUCUCGUAGCUGAGGUCAGCUACGAGGGCGAGGCUCACUACCCCGAGCACACCCCCGCCUACAAGCCCGCUCCCCCGCCUACCCCCCUCCUCCUCCUGCGCCUUAUGCAUAGAUAUUUGUUAUCGCUAUUACUCUUCAUAUGUUGAAAAUUCGAUGUAUUGUUUGAAAUCUCAUAUCAUAUUCCCUUCAUAUCUCAUCACCACUCAAGUUACAUUUCACUGAACUUUUAUGUUUUCUUGGAUAUUCCUGAAAAUAAAUAAUCAUAAGUA